ACGAAACAGAGGAUCCGAUUGAUUUUCGGAUUGGAUUUUGCCAAAUCAAAAAAGGAGAUUUCUGUCACCGGAAGAUGGAGAUUGGAUCCGUGACCAACAGCUGACUCCCCAAGCAUCCUAAUCUGUCUGUGGCCGAAACAUUCAAUCUCAACUUCCGACCCUUCUCCACGGGAUCCUCCUCUUCUCCUUCUUUUUCUUCAUCUGCUUCCGCGAAGAAUCGACCGGAGUUCGCUGUGGGUGCAAUCCAGGUUCCAUUUCUCGCAUUGUUCGCUGAGAUUGCAUUUCGUCUCUGGUUGUCUGUAUUCGAUUGUUCCGGGACAGGCAAUGGCAAGUUCGUCUACGAAGAGAUUUCCGGUCAAUGCGAGCGGCUAUGAGCUGUUCGAGGAGGUCGGUGAAGGUGUCAGUGCCUCCGUGUACAAAGCAAGAUGCAUUGCGCUCAACGAGACUGUGGCCAUCAAAAUCUUGGACCUUGAAAGAUGCCGGAACGAUAUGGACACAAUUCGCAAAGAAGUACACACGAUGAGCUUAAUUGAUCAUCCAAAUCUAUUGAAGGCGCAUUGCUCUUUCAUGGAUGGUAGCAGCUUGUGGAUUGUAAUGCCUUACAUGUCGGCUGGCUCCUGCUUUCACAUAAUGAAAUCAGCCCACCUCGAAGGUUUCGAACAACCCAUAAUUGCAACUCUGUUGCGGGAAGUACUCAAAGCUCUUGUUUAUCUUCAUGGACAAGGACACAUCCACAGGGAUGUUAAGGCUGGGAACAUAUUGGUUGAUUCGAAAGGCGCAGUUAAGCUUGGUGACUUUGGGGUUUCGGCAUGCAUGUUUGAUUGUGGGGAAAGAAAGCGUACUAGGAAUACCUUCGUCGGAACUCCUUGCUGGAUGGCACCUGAAGUUAUGCAACAAGUGGAUGGCUAUGAUUUCAAAGCAGACAUCUGGUCAUUCGGCAUAACUGCCCUGGAGCUUGCUCAUGGCCAUGCCCCGUUUUCCAAAUAUCCACCAAUGAAGGUGCUAUUAAUGACCUUACAAAAUGCUCCUCCUCGUCUCGACUAUGAAAGAGACAAGAAAUUCUCAAAGUCUUUUAGAGAGUUAGUUGCAGCAUGCUUAGUGAAGGAUCCCAAGAAACGUCCGACCUCAGCUAAACUUCUGAAACAUCCCUUCUUCAAACAUGCUCGCUCCAGUGAAUAUUUGUCGCGGAAAAUUCUUGACAGCCUUUCUCCACUUGGUGACCGCUUUAGGCAGCUGAAGGAGAAAGAGGCCGAGUUAUUUCUUCAGAAUAGAGGUAUUAAUGGCGAUAAGGAGCAAUUAUCACAGCAAGAAUACAUGCGUGGAAUUAGUGCUUGGAAUUUUGAUCUCGAGGACUUGAAGAAACAAGCUGCUCUUAUUCUGGGUGAUGAAAUAUGCAGCUCGGAAAUUCAAGAUUUAAGCUGCAAUCAGGAUUUUGAUAACACGCCUGUCCUGAGAGGAAAUCCACAGGUUGAAAGAUCAAACACUUUUCCAUUGGAAAGGUCCAAAGAUUCAGAAACAGCAACUGUAACUUCUCCUAGGGACGUGAUCAACGGGACCAACAAUCAACCAGUCGAGAUGCUAUCUCCUUCAUCUCCUUUCCAGUUCCUACAAUCUCCUGGAGAUCAAUUCAACAUACGUUCCAGGGAGAACAAUGCAUGUAGGUCAGGUGAAGGGGCUGUAGAAAGGCCAGGUUCACUUGGACAGAUAAUGUCAGCAGGCGACAAGCGAACGAGAAACACAGGAAGUGACCCGGAUGAACCAAAAAACGGGUUUGCUUCAACUUCUGGGAAAGCAUGGAAUCGUGUGACUCGCACAGCCGGUUCAGUGCUCCCGCUGCUACAGAAUCUCCUUUACCAGAAUAACAUCCAAAGGGAAAAAGUAACCAGGUUAAUUAGAUAUAUUGAGGGAGCAGCCGGAAAUGGUAACUGCUGUACAGAACAUGGAUUCAACACGGAAGGGGUAUUGGGAAUGAAGCGUGGAGAAGCUUGUAGAGGACCUGCAGCGACAAAAAGCAUUAAAUGGUCAGUUAGAAGGACAGAUGCGCAGUUUGAAGAGCAGCAGCAGCUUCAGCAGUCCUCCGGAGGAGGCUCUCUUUUCCCAUGCACAAUAAAGGCUCCUCUCCUCCUUUCAUUACCCAAUUUUUUUUUAAAAAAAAAUUAUUCUCAUUUUAGUAUAUUUAUUUUUCUAUAUUUUAAACCAUUCGUCCUUAACCCUGUUUUCUAUUUUUCUCACCGUAAAAAGAGAGGAGUGGGACACUCAAUCUUUAAGAAGUAAAAAAAAACAUAAGCAACUAUAUAUUGUGUUUUGUUAUGGUAAAUAGAAAAAAAAAAAAAAAAA